AUGUCUGGGCAAGAACGGACGAAGCUACUUAAGCCCUUAGCCUACAAGUUCAAGUUGUUUUGGAACGACAAGCUAGAUAAACCCCCUCAGGAACAGGAGUAUAUCAGCAAGCUCGAUGGGUAUUUGACCAGCUCGGUCUGUUUAGGGUAUUUUGCAAAAUCACUCCUUACAUCGAGUAUCACCAUAUCAUUCGUCAAUGGAAUGGAUGUUUUCUUCGAAAUGGAUAAGAACCAGUAUAAUAUCUUGUUGAGUUUAUGGUCAAUAUCUUAUUUUGUGGGACAUUUGGUCUUUGGUAAACUAAUUGCUAAAGUUAAUUUACGCUACUUCCUUGGUUUCUUACAACUUUCUUGGACUUUAAUUCUGUUAUUGCAAUUUUUCGUGACAACCCUUGGUCAGCUAUACGUACUACGUUUCCUCCUUGGCUUUCUACAAGCCCCGGUUUUCAUAAGUUUUGAAUAUUUACUAGGAUCCUGGUGGACUAGGAAAGAGUUGAACAAAAGAUCAACCCUACUAGCAAUAUCUUCUUCAAUGGCCCAUAUAAUUGCCGGCCCUUUACAGCAGUUUGUUAUCCAACAGUGUGAAACCAAGCAUUCGAGAACCCCUGCUUUCAAAUGGUUAUUCUUAGUGGAUGCCUCAAUCACUUUCCCCAUUGCAGUUUAUACUUUAAUUGCAAAUCCUAAUGUUCCCAAGAACUCAACUAAUUUUUAUUGGACUUCUCAAGAUAGACUGAUAAUGGGUUUGAGAAAGAAUAAUAUGGGAUUGAAUAAAGCCAGAAACCAGUCUGCUACCUGGUUCAUCUGGGUAUUUCCUCUAAUAUUUUACGCAUUCAAUAACUCUGAUCAUGCAAUUGGUCAACCAACCUUCAUAAGUUGGAUGAAAAUCGACUUGAAAUUACCAAAUUCAAAAUAUAAUAUCUAUCCUUCCUACUUAAAACUUACUGGUUUGAUUUUGGCUAUAUUGGUUGGAUAUUUGUCCGACUAUCUUGGAGGUCAAAUGAAUCAUAUAUUCAUUCUGAUAUAUUUCAUAUCAAUGGUGCUUGGAACUAGCUUAUUGGCCUUUUGGAAUAUCCCAACAUGGUUACAUUGGUUUUGCUAUAUCUUCAUUAGUCUACCUUCUGGCUGGGUCCAGCCUCAAAUAUUUUCCUGGGUUAACAGAGAAUUGGUCGGUGAUGACGAAAAAAGAUCUUUGGUGGUCAUGCUAACCAACGUACUAGCAUAUGUGAUUGGAAGCGUCGUACCACUAUUUGUCUGGAAUACAAACGAUGCUCCCGAGUAUUUCGUUGGUUUUACCUACACGGCUUUCUUGAGUCUUUUUGGGUUAAUCAUGACUUGGGUUGCUGUACACUUUAGUAAGAGGGCUUUUCAUUACCACGUUGUAUGA